CCUCCCUCAAGGCUCAGGAAAAACCACCAACGAUCCCCGCAAGCACCACCACCGUUAAAUGCAGCGCCAUCACACUUGAACAUGCAACUUACCACCUUCCUAUUCACCCUCGUCCAUCUCUUAGCGCUCACCUCCGCAGCAAUGACAGGCAACUUCAUGGGGCUGGGGUCUGUUUACAACACCACCCAGACAACCAUCCAACGCCUCCAACAAGUAGCAGGACAUCUCGUCCCCGACACAUCGAGUCUGAAUCUAACGGGUCUGAAUUCAACGAACGUGAAUCUGAAUGUGAAUCUGACUCAACUCGCCAACCGGACCGGUCCCUACGUGGAUGCUGCGAAGCCGCAAAUUGCCCGGGCGGGGAAUGCUACAAAAGACUAUGUUGUGAAACAUCCCUACCAGACAAUCUUUAGCAUCGUGGGUCUUGUCUACCCGGGAGGGUUGCUUAACCUGGUGGGAUAUGGUCGGUUGGGGCCGUGGGCAGGUAUGUCUACAAUGCAAUUGAUUGCACCAUAGCAACUUCGGGGAUGAUAUUGCUAUGUUUUUGCUACUUUACUACUUACUAUUUAAUGUUUGGGUGGUUGUGCUCAUGUUGGGUGUUUGUGGAUGGUUGCUCUACUCGAUUCUCUGUGUGCGGAGUUACGGUACUACUUGCCUUUAACCCACUUUACUGACCCCGAUCACUUGAUACAUUGCUUAUAGGGUCGUUGGCAGCUUGGAGCCAAUCCUACCUGGGAAAUCCUGUCGCACGAAGUGUCCGGGCGUGUUUGCAAAGCGCGGCGAUGAAUGGGU